UCACCUUAUCCUCAAAGCCACCUCGGCCUCAACCUCUCGUGCACCUGACAACACUCAAAUUCGGGAACACAACCCUCGAGUAUCCUUUGCAAGAAUACUUUGCGCUUCCAAAAUUGAAGCAUCUGGAAAUAUGGCAGAUACUCUUCGAGCCAUCACAAGAAGACGAGGAUCCAGACAGUGUCGCUUCACAAUCCAAGCAGUCCUUCCUCAAAGAAUUUCCAAAUCUAGAGACAAUCUCUAUCAGGCAGACAACUCUCGAUGGUCAUCUUGUCGAUGUAUUGCAGCGUUGUCCGCGGCUAAAGAACUUGGAGCUGGAGUCACUAGUUGGUUUCAGCCACUCAUUUUCGCCCCAUCGCUGCCUCGUGGCCUUCAUAUCAUCUCCUGACUACAAUCCACGUCUAUAUUUUGCUGUAAAUCAGACAUUCCCUACAGCUCAGAAUAAUGGCCGACAACAUUACGCUACCAUUUCCCCAUCCAAGACACUUUCCAACGCAAGCAGAA